CGGAACUGUGUCAUGACGUCAUUUAACAAAUUUUAGCCGCGAACCUGCUUUUAGCGUCUUCGCCUGAAAAUGUAUUGGUUUACGUCACGCGGUCUGCACCGCUAGAGGAAGUGAGAGAGGCUUGCUGCGGUGAGAACUGGGGUGUGGCCAAGGCUGGUUGAAUGCCUGCUGCUGCUGCUGCUGCUGCAGUCCAGCGCUCGAGGAGAGCUCGGUGCUUGCACAGUCUAUUGGCCACAACGUGUGGCUUGGCGAGGAGAGCAGCUGUCGCGAUGACGCUUAAUGGUGCUCAACGGCAGUGUUUGGCUGGAAAGGAAUGACAGCGGGUCCAGCAAAAGCAGCAGAUCGGAUAAAUCCCUGGUAUAGCUCUCUUCGUUGGUAGGAAAAUUGGGUCUGUGAUAAGGUGACAGACAAAGCGAACCAGCAUUCUGAUAAACCGCCAAUGGAUAGAGGUGUUGGUCAUAUGUCGGUCGCAUAUCUCCAGGAGGUCAGACUCUUUCCAUUGGAAAUGGUUGUGGAAUAAAAUCCAUUGUUGAACAUGAGUUUCUCCAUGCACUGGGAUUUUGGCAUGAACAGUCAAGAUAUGACAGAGAUAAUUAUGUGACCAUCAACUUUGCAAACAUCAUUAAAGGGCAGGAGAGCAAUUUCGUAAAAUACAGUGAGAACCAGACCACCACCCAAGGCACGCCCUAUGAUUACUACUCUGUGAUGCAUUAUAAUAAAAAUGCCUUCAGCAACGGUAAUGGAAAUACAAUCAUUACAAAGCUUCCUGAGUUCCAAGAUGUGAUUGGUCAACGCCUGGACUUCAGUGAAUAUGAUGUGAUUGAGCUCAACACCCGCUAUAAAUGCACUUCAUCAAUCUCUUUCCUUGAUCACUGUAGUUUUGAUGAUGAAUCUCUGUGUCAGAUGAGUGUCUGUUCUACUGGGGAUUAUGGCUGGCAAAGAUUAAAUUCACUGAGUGGCAUCAGUGUGACUGACCACACUUACCUGGGCAAAGAACAAAAUGGUGCGUCGUUCUUCAUGCACUUCAGCACUGAGGGCAAAAACCAGUCAGACACAGCCAGACUAGAGAGCAAGACAAUGACCCCUACAAGAGACUGCAAAGUCCAGUGCCUGCAGUUCUACUACUAUCACAGUGGCAAUGAAUCUGACCAGCUCAACAUCUGGAUUCGAGAGUACCAGAAUGAUAUGGACAGUAGAGGAACUCUCAGUCUAAUGGAUCAGAUUACAGGACCCCCUGGUAAUUACUGGAAAUUCCAUCAUGUGCCACUGAAUGCUAAUAAUACCUUCCAAGUUGUAUUUGAAGCACGUAAAAGAGCUGGAAACAACAGUGGAGGCUUUUCACUGGAUGAUAUCAAUAUUUCAGAGACUGAGUGUCCCCACGUGUGGCAGAUAAGAGACUUUAAUGUUUUGAACAAUAGUGAGCCAUCCACUUCAGUGUACAGUCCAUUGUAUUACUCCAGUGAUGGUUAUCGCUUUCAGGCUCGCUUAAUGAUGUAUCCAAAUUACUUUUAUAUAUCUGUUCGUCCUGUAUCUGGUACAUAUGACGAACAGUUACAGUGGCCUUGUCCAUGGAGACAAAUAACCUUCCAGAUGCUUGACCAGAAUCCACACAUACAGAAGCAAAUGUCCUUGGAGCUAAGCCUCACGACUGAACCUGAUUCGGCUUCUUCUAGGUAUUAUUGGGCCAAUCCUCGAAAUGGUGGAAAUCAAGUCAUAAUCGGCAGUGAGUCUGUAUUCGUGGGUGCUUGGGUUGUUUAUCCAUAUUCCAUAAUCAAAUAUGAUCUGACUAGAAGAGAGUUUGUAAAGGGUGAUGACAUCAUAUUUCUAUUCAGCAUGCAAGAUAUCUCAGGGCUACUUGAGAAGGACUCUCUACCCUGCCCUAAAGUAAGUGUGGAGAAAUUAAAUGUUUCUCUGGAUGCGACUGCCCAGCAGGGACCAUGUGUUCCAAGAGUUCUUCCUACAGCUUCACCAGGACCCACUGAUGAAUGUGCUGGCAUCAUGGCUUCCUCUCUGAUCAUCGUUGUGGUUUCCUUUCUUUUGCUAAUGAGUUAAAAAUGAGGAAUCACUAUUUUUAACCAUAUGUCUGACUACACAUGAGUUCAGUGCCAAAGAACAGCAUCUAUCUUCAGCUUCCUCCUUCAUGAUCAUUAAAUGUGAAUUGUUAAUUAAUACAUUGUUUAUACAUUUUUCUAUAUUCAUUUAACACCAAUCAAUAUUACAUUUUAUUUUUUAAUCAUUAUGUUUACAAAUUUAUUAUCAGACUUUCAUAAUGUAUGAUUAUACAUUCUUUGUUUAAAAAUACUAAUCUAACCUUUUUUUAAUUGGAUAAGUAAUAAAACAAUGCUGCAAGUACUGUAACUAAUUAAAUAAAUAU